AUGUCAGCCGCACUGCCCUACCUGAAUAAACUGCGCAAGAGCGAUCUUGUUGAUUUCGCCGAAAUCACUGGUCUCAAUGGCUACGAAGACUACAACAAGUCAGACCUAAUCGUCGCGCUGGAUAUCCAUCUCGUCGCCAAUCGCUCUACUUUCGUUGGUAAUGGCCGGCUUGCGGAUUAUUACAAGCGGUUGGCGCAGCCGGCGAGGUUUGCGACGCCUGCGAAGAGAGCGAAGAGGGUUGAGGUGCCGUCGUCAUCACCGGCGGAGGUUUUGACUAGGUCGUCGCGCCGGCAGAGGGCUGUUCAGCCGCAGCCGGUUGUGAAGAAGGAGGAGAAGGAGAGUGAGAGUGGACAGGAGCAGGAGCAGGAGGAGACCAAGUCGGAGCGGAGUGUGGCGGCUACUGAUGUUUCUGAAGCUGCUACUCUCCAGGACAAUACUGCUAUCCCGCCAGAGACUCCGAAGGUUCCGACUCCGAAGGUCCCGACCACUGUGGAACUGCCUCCCUCUCCAGCUGUGGUUACGGAUGCGAUUGAUCGCCAGACUGCUGCAUGGGGCAAGAGCAUCAAUGAGACUUGGACUUCGUCGGGAGUCAUCGAGCGUUCGAAUGCGCUGCGCACAUUGCUGAGCAGCGUCAAGGCCAUUGAGACUCUGGUCUUGCUCCUCGAAGGAUCCGGCAUCAUCCGGCAGAUCUGGCCGUUGCGAUACCUCACUACCGUUCCUGCUAUUAAGGCAAUUAACACUCCGGAGUUCGCGCUCAACGUUCCCGAUUUCUUCAUUCUUCUUGACGGGGCUUUCUGGGCUCCGUUCUCGCUGUGGCUGUUGACCAGUGUCUUUCUGCCGCUUGGCACUGCCUACUUUUUCAAUAUCAAGGCGACAAGCACAGACACUACCCGCAACAGUAAUUCGCAGAGAACCAACUUCGACCCAUUGAGUUUCAACAUCGCUCGUGCAUUGAUCGCGUAUCUGGUCUACGCUAAGCAUUUCAGUUUCUGGGAUCUGUACAGCGGCUUCACGAUUGAGAAGGUCAAUGCUUCGGUUCCUGGUGAGUGGAGUGGGAUGUUGACUGGUACUGCUAUUGGGCUUGUUGGGACGUUGUACGAGGCGAUUCUUCAGAAGUGA